AUUCCGCAUCUGACAAGCUGUUUAUUUGACAGUUGUUGUUCUACUUUCUAAAAGGAGCGAAAAUCAACAAAUAAACCCCUACCAGCUAAAUCAGCUACAAAAUUCGGUCAUUCUUCCAGAAAUCAGUGAAGAUGCCGUCAAUGAAGGUGGAAGGUGACAGUGACGGGGAUGGGGAUCUGUCGGGAGGAGACACGGAGAGGUCCAAUGGGUCUUCAAGAGGUCCAGACAGGGACUCCAGUGCUGAAGAAGCUGAUGAACCGGACUCCGAUGACUCCUCAGAGAUGGACGAGAGCGAGUGCGAGAGGAGGAGGAACGAGUGCCUCGACAAUCUGUCGAACCUGGAGCGUCAGUUCUCGGUGCUUCGCGAGCAGCUGUACUGCGAGAGGGUGAAGCAGGUGGACCACCAGCUGGCCGAGGUGCGCGGAGGUCGCUCCCAGGAAUACCUCGGUCCGCUGAGGAGACUGCAGGAGAAUAUGAGGAUUAGGAUCGAGGUAGCUGGUAUAUUGAAGCAGAUGCGGAUAGAGAACAUCAAGCAUAAGUACGAAGCAGAGGAACAAGCAGCACACCAGCACUACAAGAGCGAAAAAUGGCUAGCCUACGAGAAUCUAAAAGAGGAGACUUUAGAGAAGAUCAGGAAACUUGAAGAAGAGCGGCAUACGGUGGACCUGUGGUCGUGCGGGCCCGAGUGGGGGCGCAAGCGGCGCCGGCGGCAGGUGACCGUGUCGCCCCCCUACGUGGUGUACAUGCUCCCCGAUGCCGACAUCAUGGAGGACUGGCGACUCGUCAGGAAGCUCCUCGAAAGAACUGAUUGAGAUCUCAACCCACGAGCUUUUAGAUAUUUUUGUAACUUAAACUUUAAAUCGUGAAAAUAAGGGGGGGGGGGGUAAUUUAUUUUUUGUUAGGUGGGGUAACUUGUGUGUGUACCUUUUAAUCAUUCAAGAUGCAGAGUUUAAAUACAGGUGAGAUUUAGACUUUAAAGUAACAUGUAGAUAGUCCAAUUUUUGUAUAACAUCAACUAAGGUUUUUUUGGAAAACUUUAAAGAGUACUUAGCACGAAUACUAUCGUCAAAGUAUUUAAAAGAUAAUAUUCCUUAUAUACAUAUUAUAUAAUUUAGACCUCCUUUCUCCAAAGAAAUACCGAUACUGAUAAUCUUUACUUCUUCAAUAGCAUUUGUGCUAGAACCUCUAUGCGACAAAUAAUUUUGUUACAAAGUUUUAUAUAAAAUUUCGCCUUAUAUUACGCCACCUAAUAAAAACGUAUAAAGUCCUUUAGUUUUAGUACUUAACUUUAUAUGAACGAACUACUUUAAGCUGGGGCCUACCACCACGUCCUAAACCAAUAUUAUCACAGACGUCUAAGAAAGAUGCAGCUCUACAAAAUGUAGCGCUAUCCCGCUUACACAGUGAAAUAGUAUUGCUCUAAGACUUCAUGGUGGACCAUUUGUAGUCUUCUUCGUAAUGUGAUCUGAUUACAAAGAAGGAAACAAUGUUGUUUGUUUAUAUAUAGUAUUUGCUCCUAAACGUGGACAAUUAAACUUGUUUACGUCAAAUAUAAAUAAUAAUGAAAACAAGAGUCCUUCAAGAGUGGAUGGUACAGCCAUCGACUCUUGAAAAGAGAACCUUUGCCGUUGUGAAAGUGAGAAAGCGUUCUACAUUGAACAUAUCAGCGUCUCGCUUAUAACAUGGAAAUAGUUCGACUAAGUUCAUGCGAUGUCACUUUUGGAAGAGUUCAUAGAGUAAAACUUUCAUGAAUAUAAAGUUAACUAUAAUUUAUAAUAACUUAAUUUUUCAAAUAAUGUUGAAAUUACGUACAAAUUUCAACCGUAUUUAAUUACCUAAACAACAUAUUCAACCUUGUGCUGUUUCCUAAAUUUUAUUAAUAUGGGCAAAAUAUAAUUUGAACGCAUCGUGCAUUGUACAGACAGCUUUUUCGAAGAAAAUAUUACAUAAAAAUGUUAAUAAUAAUACUGAAAAGAAAACGGAACCGAAUUAAUACUGGCUUUAUCUCAGUGUUAUGUUGAAUUUGAAUGUAUUUGACGUAAACAGAGUUUAGAAUUUAUGAUAGAUACAAUUAAUUCUACCUAUUAAUAGACAGUCAUUUAUCUUUUUACCUCGUUUGUAGUGUUGCCAAGGUUAAGACAACAAUAAUUGUUUUUGAAUAAAUUUUUCACCUCUACGUUUCUCGAAAAUGGGUUAUUUAUAUUUCCAUGGCAGAUAAUUUUUAAUCAAAUAGGUACCUUUCUGACGCAGUUAUAUUCUGAAAAGAAACAAACCUGGCAACUCCACAGCAAGGUUAAUUCUAUUUAAUUUUUAUAGGGUUGCAACCCUGUAUUACCUAAUUAUGAAGACUCAGGGUUAUACUACAAAGGAGAGUUAACUUGACAAGGGCCUACCUUCAUGUAUAGGUAUUAUUAUAGCAUAUGAGGAAGCGUGACGUCGCUACUCGCUGUAUAGUGGCAUCUCUCUCUCUCACAAGUGUUAGACUACUUUAAGAGGUGAUGUGUGGCUCCUUGUUUACGAUAAGCGAUCGGACGAUGAAACCAAGUUGAUUGUGGAAAUUGUGAAUUGUAUUUGUAAGUAAACUGAAGUAAUAAUAAACGUUGAACCUAA